AUGCCUCCACGAAAGUUUCCUACCUCAGGCUACGUAAUCUUGAAUCCUUUGGAAAGGAUUGAAGAAGAGGACCUGCCCCUCUACAAACCAGAGAACUAUUAUCCCGUCACUAUUGGCCAAGUGUUUGUGUCUCGAUACCAGGUGGUCUCCAAGCUUGGAUACGGGACUUCCUCCACUGUCUGGCUUUGCCGGGAUCUGCAAGAGCAACGCUACCAUACCCUGAAAGUAUGUGCGAGGGGACAAAGCUCCGAUCGAGAGAUUACUAUCUCCGAGCACUUAGAGCAAUCCAGCGAGACGACCGGGAAAAAUAUGCUCCGUCUAGUCCUGGACUCAUUCGAGGUUGCUGGACCACAUGGGACCCAUACGUGCUUGGUUUACCACCCACAUGGAAUGAGUUUCGCGGAGUUUCAAGAUCUGCUCCCUGAUAAGAAGUUUCCAAAGGACCUGGUCCAACGAAGUAUCCAGCUUACUUUGAUCGCAUUGGCUUGCAUGCAUGAAAGCAACGUGGUGCAUACUGAUAUUUCGCCGAACAACAUCCUUCAAGGACUGGAAGGUGACGGUAUCUUAUCUGAAAUGGAAGAAGGCGAAGUAGAAAGACCGAUGGCAAGAAAGGUUCUGGACGACCGUACUAUCUAUUAUUCCCGCCCAAUGCCUCUUUGCGCAGGGCUGCCGGUGAUCUCUGAUCUCGGAGAGGGCAGAAUCGGAACCAAGCACACUGGUGACAUAAUGCCGGGUAUCUAUCGCGCGCCAGAAGUCAUCUUGGAAAUGGAGUGGGAUAACAAGGUCGAUAUUUGGUCCACUGGUACUACGACCUGGGAUCUUGCAAAGGGCCAUCACCUCUUCUUCGCCAAAGCAAAUGGUGUAUUCAGCGAUGAGCAGCACCUCGCGGAGAUGGUGUCUUUGAUGGGCCCUCCCCCGCCAGAGUUUCUACGGAGGAGCAAGAAGUGCGAGGAAUUCUGGGAUCAGCAAGGAAACUGGAAAGGGUCUAUCUGCAUACCAGAGCAGACCUUUGAGUAUAGAGAGCUGCAGUUUUCCGGGGAGGGCAAAGUGCUUUUUCUCAACUUCCUGCGUAGAAUAUUUCGAUGGCUACCGGAGGAGCGACCCAGCGCCGAAGAGCUUGCAUUCGAUGAUUUUUUGAUGCAGCCCAUACUGGCAUCAAGGAGGUCAUCUUUUCAAAUAGGGUAG